AGGACAACCUCAAGGUCGAUUCAACAGAGCAAAAAUAAAAAUGAUGAAUGCAAGGAGGAGGCUGGAAACAACUGAUUCGUUCACUUUUAGUUCUAAAUUUAAAAAGAAGAGUUAUUAUUACUUUUUUUAAUAACCAUUAAAAAAAAAAAGAUUUGCGUCCGGAGGUGAGGGAGGGGGCGGUACUUCCGGGUCAGGUGGGCUGGCUGCCUUGACCUUCCUCCGCGCUCGGCCAUUUUGUGCCAGUCGUCCGGAGGCUGCGGCUGCAGAGGAGCUCCCGGAGAAGCUGCAAGGAUGCUGUCCGUGCGCGUCGCCGCGGCCGUGGCCCGGGCCCUCCCUCGACGGGCGGGACUGGUCUCCAAAAAUGCUUUGGGGUCAUCCUUUAUUGGUGCAAGAAAUCUCCAUGCCUCCCACACUCGACUUCAGAAGACUGGCACUGCUGAGAUGUCUUCCAUUCUUGAAGAGCGCAUUCUUGGAGCAGAUACUUCUGUUGACCUUGAAGAGACCGGCCGUGUCUUAAGCAUUGGUGAUGGUAUUGCCCGAGUACACGGGCUGAGGAAUGUUCAAGCAGAAGAAAUGGUAGAAUUUUCUUCAGGCUUAAAGGGUAUGUCCCUGAACUUGGAACCUGACAAUGUUGGAGUUGUCGUGUUUGGGAAUGAUAAACUAAUUAAAGAAGGAGAUAUUGUCAAGAGAACAGGAGCCAUUGUGGACGUUCCUGUUGGCGAGGAACUGUUGGGUCGUGUGGUUGAUGCCCUUGGUAAUGCUAUUGAUGGAAAGGGUCCGGUUGGUUCCAAGACUCGUAGAAGAGUGGGUCUGAAAGCCCCUGGAAUUAUUCCCCGAAUCUCAGUGCGGGAACCAAUGCAGACUGGCAUUAAGGCUGUGGAUAGCCUGGUGCCGAUUGGUCGUGGUCAGCGUGAGCUGAUUAUUGGUGACAGACAGACUGGGAAAACAUCGAUCGCCAUUGACACAAUCAUCAACCAGAAACGUUUCAAUGAGGGGACCGAUGAAAAGAAGAAGCUGUACUGUAUCUAUGUUGCCAUUGGUCAGAAGCGCUCCACUGUUGCUCAGCUGGUGAAGAGACUGACAGAUGCAGAUGCCAUGAAGUACACUAUUGUGGUGUCAGCUACUGCUUCUGAUGCUGCCCCACUUCAGUAUUUGGCUCCUUACUCUGGCUGCUCCAUGGGAGAGUAUUUUAGAGAUAAUGGCAAGCAUGCUUUGAUCAUCUACGACGAUUUAUCCAAACAGGCUGUUGCUUACCGCCAGAUGUCUCUGCUGCUCCGCCGACCCCCCGGUCGUGAGGCCUAUCCUGGUGACGUGUUCUACCUACACUCUCGCCUGCUGGAGAGAGCGGCGAAAAUGAACGAUUCUUUUGGUGGUGGCUCUUUGACUGCCUUACCAGUCAUAGAAACACAGGCUGGUGAUGUGUCUGCUUACAUUCCAACAAAUGUUAUUUCCAUCACUGACGGACAGAUCUUCCUGGAAACAGAAUUGUUCUAUAAAGGCAUCCGCCCUGCCAUUAACGUGGGUUUGUCUGUGUCCCGUGUAGGGUCUGCUGCCCAGACCAGGGCUAUGAAGCAGGUGGCAGGAACCAUGAAGCUGGAGUUGGCUCAGUAUCGUGAGGUUGCUGCUUUUGCCCAGUUUGGUUCUGAUCUUGAUGCUGCCACUCAGCAGCUCUUGAGUCGUGGUGUGCGUCUGACCGAGUUGUUAAAACAAGGACAAUACUCUCCCAUGGCUAUUGAAGAACAGGUGGCUGUUAUCUACGCGGGUGUGAGGGGUUAUCUUGAUAAACUGGAGCCCAGUAAGAUCACAAAGUUUGAGAAUGCUUUCUUGUCUCAUGUUGUCAGCCAGCACCAGUCCCUCCUGGGCAAUAUCAGGGCUGACGGGAAAAUCUCAGAACAAUCAGAUGCAAAGCUGAAAGAGAUUGUAACAAACUUCUUGGCUGGGUUUGAACCAUAAAGCCCUGUGGGUCCAUGUCAGACAUGCUUUGGUUUUGUCAUUUAUUCUGGUAAAAUCAGCUCCAUUUGUAGAGGAUUACUCUUGUACUCCUGAUGUACAGAAAUCACAUAAAUAAAAGUUCCAUAUUGUGUGCUA